AUGUCUGGCAACAUGGGCCCCACCCGCAGCAAUAUCGUUCUUCCUUCGGAAGAACAACACCACGACCCGAAUCCAAUCAAUCCACUCUCCUCACAAGACCACCACCGCCUCCGCCUCAUCAGAUUCCGCCAGCUCAACACCCUCGCCGUUCUCGCUCUCUUCUCCGCCACUGGAAUGAUUGCCAUCGAAGAAUACGCCUUCAUAAUCUUCUCCGUCUUCUACAUAUACUUCCUAUCAAAAGUCGCAUUCCCCACUCUAACCCUACGACUCGAACCACCCGUCUUCAGCAGGAACCGCUUUCUAGCCAUCUAUGUCUGGAUCUCAACCCUCAUCAGCCUCUUCCUCCCAAUCAUAUACAUCUUCCAAGGAAUCUACGAAGGAGAUAAGGAAGGAAUCAAAGCAGCCGCCCCACCUGUCGUUCUCCUCGCUGCCCAGAUUUUCUUGGAAGGCAUGACGUUCUCCCGCCGCUUCGCGUUGCCGGUUCGGGCAUUAGUACCAGUCUUCUACAACACGAAGCGGCUCUUCAUGAUCGUGGAAUGGUUGAAGAUAGAGAUUGGGAAGGUGGAAAAGGAGAAUAGAUGGGAGCUUAGAUUGCAGUUCGGACGGGGACUGGCAGUGGCAAAUCUGAUUUACUGGUCUUUCAAUCUGUUCGGGCUCUUGUUGCCUUUCUACCUUCCAAGAGUUUUUAAGAGGUAUUAUUCUAUGGUAAAAGGUUGA